GUCCCUCCUCAAAAUAUGAUUCUUAACUCGCGCGCCAUUAAGUGUGUAGGUUUAGGCGGCUGGUGGUGCCAACUUAGCCCCAGUCUCUUGAAAAGUGCUGUUGUGCUAUAUAAGGAGGACAAGCAGAGGUUUGGCAGAGUUUCAGCUCAGUAUCCUAGCCGUAUUUUCCCCAGGAUUGGUCAGCAUUCUGCAGUGCUUCCCUGUUUUGCCAACUUACUGAUUUCCAAUAGACACUAUGCUGCAAAAAAAACAAAAAGACCCAAACGUGACUCCAAAAAGAAAACUGCAGAAUCGGAGCAAAAGAAAAAAGAGGACCAUUACAAAUUUCCCUUGCCGAGUGAGCCAACAGAUGAUGUUUAUUUGACAUGGUGUUAUCAAAAGCCAGUUUAUGAAGCAGAUGUGGCUUUAGAUAUGUUGAGGAAGUUUCAGCAACUGGACUUUACUAUCCCCAGCCAGCACAUAUACAUUGAUAUCACGCUGGACAUGGCAAUGGAGAAGAAGAAAACAGUGGAGCAGUUUGUUGGUGCACUCCGUCUGCCUUACCGUUUCACAGAUGUCAUCCAUAAGGUUGUAGUAUUUACAGAGAAUGCAGAAGACGCUGCUCUAGCAAGAGAAAAUGGAGCUGUGUGUGCAGGAGGGACUGAAUUAAUCAAGCCGAUUUUGGAUGGUGAAAUCAAGGCAGAUUUUUAUAUAGCUGUGCCUACAAUAACAUCCAGGAUCAAUCCUUUAAGAGGCACAUUGAAAACAAAGUUCCCAAAGACGAAAAAUGGUUCUCUUGGUUAUGACAUUCUUCAGAUGCUUGACUUCUUUAAAGUGUGCCAUGAAUAUGGAGUUGAAAGCAACAACCUUAUCCACACUCCCAUCGCAUUGCUGGAUAUGCCUAAUGAUCAGAUAGUUGCCAAUCUGGAUGCGGUUAUUAAGGACGUUUGUAAAUACAAACCUUUGCGCUAUGGCCCAUUUGUGACACACUUGAGUAUUCGGAGUUCAACAAGCGAAUCCUUAGAUUUAAAAACCGAGCGCUUUCUUCCUGAAGGAGCUGUGAAAGAAGAGGCAAAAGAGGAGGUGAAAGGUGGUGACAGUGACAGUGAAGAAGAAGUGGAAGUGUCCAGAUAACUUGAGUGUUGCACAAAUGCUCAGCAAUUUAUAAGACAUAUAAAAACAGUUUUUGUUGAAUAUCCAGUCUUGAAGGAGAAUCCAAUUCAAUAUUUGGGGCACUAAUUGAUGUAUGAAAACAACUUGCAUUGCAACACCCCCCUCAAUUCAUAAGAGUACUUACAGCCUCAUUGCCUAUUGCUAGAAAUGAAGUCAUUGUUCAGUAUCUGUGUAUAUAUACCUUGGAAGGAUUCCAAGUUCCUGUGCAAAAGCUCCCCUCUGGUUUUAUUUUUGCUUUAAUGUCUCUAAUAAUUUGUUUAAUCAACAUGAGAAUCAGUUGUAUUGUUCCAAAAACAUGGUUUAAAAAAAUACAGUGUGGUAUGAAAGAACAUUAGUUUGUUCUGUAGUGGCGUAUCUGUUUGUAUAUCCUUUCAGUUUGUUUUUUUUAAGUGAAAUAAAGCACAUUGU